ACUGCUAGCCGGCCGGGGGGGGGAGGAAACGUGCCCCCCCCGGUCCUGCGUGGCCCAUGGUCGCUCCCAGCCCGCCCGUUCCCAGUGCCCUUGGUGCGGCCGCAGCGGGGCCCGGCGGCGCGAGCGGCGCAGUCAUUAUGGUGAAUUUACCACAAGUUGUGCGUGAUCACUGGGUCCACAUCCUUGUUCCCUUGGGAUUUGUGAUUGGAUGCUAUUUGGACAGAUGGAAUGAUGAAAAACUGUCAGCUUUCAGAAACAAGAGCUUAUUAUAUAGAAGGGAGUUGAAGCCUGGUGAAGAAGUGACAUGGAGAUAAGAGCUGCCGAUGAAAAUGAAGACAGUUUUGUUUGAUUCAUCAUCUUAUCUCACAUGUUGAAAGAACAGGAUUAUGAUUUUUACCCUGAGAGCAUACCACAGAAAAGGACACCUGCAUUUCCUCAGUGCUAGUUCAAUUUCCAAUGUUACUUUUUGAAGUUGAUUUAAUUACAUGACUAAUAGGUGUCCGGGAAUUCCAUUAGUCCAUAAGUGUUGAGAACAUUUUGUCCUGUACUCUGGAAGCGAGAAGGAGGAAUUAUGUAAUAAAGAAAAACUAUGCAAAAAUAA